AUGUCCAAGGACCAGAAGACUCGCUUCUGGUGGAGUGUCUGUCACAUGUUUGUUGCAGCGUAUACACUGUGGAGCGCGCAUGGCUCCCUGGCAAUGACGGCUUUAUCACACUUGAUCCUAUUCGACUCUCUGGGGGCAUUACUUUGCGUAGCCGUGGACGUACUCGGCAAUUUCGAGGUGUGGAAGAGAUCGAGCGUUCGGCACCCAUUCGGGUUGGAACGUGCAGAAGUAUUGGCCGGCUUUGCGAUGUGUGUACUGUUGCUGUUCAUGGGCAUGGACCUCAUUUCCCACAGUCUUCAGCACUUUCUUGAGUCAUCUUCUGGCCAUGAGCCACACCACCCACAUGUCCAUGAACGUGCUUCUAUAGGGAGCGUGGAUCUCACUGCCCUCCUGGCAAUUUCGUCGACAUUGGUCUCCGCAAUUGGCUUGAAGAAUCACGGACUACUGCCGCUGGUAUCCAUCCAGCUCUAUAACUGGCUCGAUGUCCUCUUGUCCAGUACCAUCUCGAUCUCGAUGUGUGUGAUUGGCGUGCGCCUGGUUAAGACCUUGGGUUCCAUGCUUCUUAUGUCGUACUCUGGCAAAGGGGUUACCGAUGUUAUCCGCGAUAUCGAGGCUGACCCGUGUGUCUUUGGCAUCGAUGAUGCGAGGUUUUGGCAGGUUCAUUACGGACUCUGUAUGGCAAACUUGAAACUCCGCGUUUCAGGAACCGAAGAGAACCUUAUUCGACUCCGCGAACGCAUAUCCAGCUUGAUUAAAAACCGACUCGGCGGAGGAUAUGGGUCCGGUGGGCAGAAAUGGGAGGUGACCUUGCAGUUCACUAUAGAGAACUCAUGA